CAUUAAUGGAACAAAGAGACAGUCGAUGCCUAUUUACAAUGUAACAAUCGAAUCAUUAGAUGGAUCAACCAAGGAAGAUAUAGAGCUAGCCGGGUCGACAAUGAAAGAUUUCACAACAGUGAAAAGACCGGACAUGAACAAACUUAAAUGGAAUUAUGAACACACAAAGGAUAAGAGGUUUUACAUGACAAGAGAUGGUAAAUACCCAAUACACAUGAUCUUAGGUGACAACAGCUUCUGCAAGAUUAAGACAGAGGAAAUCUACAAAGGGAAUAUUUCGAACAACGUAUGUAUGUUUACAAGAGAACCAAAUGACUACGAGCAAUUGUAUACACUGGAUGUAGUUGGAAUUGAAGAUAGAGUGGAGAACGACCAAAUGGACGUUUAUCAUGAGUCAGAGAACAUUACUCGGGCUGAUGACGGCAGAUAUCAAGUCAAAGUACCAUCGAUUCCAGGACAGUCUUUACCAAAUAGCAAUAUAGAACCAAGUCGAAAGCGAUUAGCUAAUGUAUGCAAAAAGAUCGAGCGAGAUGAGAAGUUAAAGAACAAUUAUGAUGAAAUAAUCGAGAAGCAAUUAGAGUCGGGUAUCAUUGAAGGUGCACCAGAGAAACCGAAUGGUGAACAAGUAUAUCAUAUACCCCACAAACCUGUCGUCAGAGAGGAGGCAAAUAAAGCCAAAGAUAGCGCGGAGAUUCCCGAGAAUUGUAGAAAUUUUGGACUGGUCGGUGAUAGUUCGGAAAAUCCAUGGUUUUUGAACAAUGAAAAAGAAAGAGAAGACAUGAAUGAAGAAACUGAGGAACAUGAAAAUACACCAGAACAGUUGAGAGAAUUGAAGCCAGUAACUGCGGAAGAAACAAAGGAAGGACAAGGUGAUGAAGACGAAAAUGCCUCCGAUAGUUCUGACCAAGAUGAAACGUUUGAAUUGAUGGAUGAAAGUGGAGCGCAGGAAAGUGGAAAGAACAGAAAAAAGAGUGGAAAGAAAAGAAAAAAGAGAAGAAAGAAAAACAUCAAAGGAAAGAAGAAAAACGUUCUUUCGAAAAGAAACACUAAAGAAACUACUGGUGUUGAAAAGACAAAUGAACGUAAGAAAAUGAAGAGAAAAAUUACAGACGAAAAUAGAAUGAAAGAAAAGUCGAAGAAAAGCAAGAAAGCAAAGUUGGUGAAGAGUGGGACUGACGAGGACAAAAUAAUCGGAAGCGAUGUAUCAGAUUUAGAAAAGUUCAUAGUUGACACUACAGCAAUCUUAGAAGGUGCCAAACUACCACUUCACAAGUGGGAAUCCAACGUAGAAAGCAGUCAAGAAGAGGAGCAAAUCCUAACACCCAACACUAUGCUCUGGGGACAGAAUUCGUAUGCAUUGGGAGAAUUAAGCGAGGAAAGAGAUGAAAGUCUAUACAAACGUCUUACUAUGGCAAGACAACACGCGUGGUCGAGAUGGCAACGGGAAUAUAUCCAUGGAUUAAUGGAGUAUCAUCGUGUAAAUAAAAGCCCAUCUGCUGUACCAGAGAUUGGGGAAAUUGUAUUGAUCGUUGGAGACGAAAAGAACCGAGGACGGUGGAUGAAAGGCAAAGUUGUGAAGUACGUGAAAGGAAAGGACGGUGUAAUUAGAGGAGUUAUUGUGUUACAUAAGGGUAACUAUUUGGAACGACCUGUUCAGCUAGUAUGUCCUUUGGAGAUAAGGAGCGUGGUUAAGGAAGAUCAAGGAAGACACAACGAAAGUACUGAAGAUAAUGAUGAUAAAUUAAAGGAAAGACCAGAACGGAAAGCAGCAAAGAUCGCGAAAGUUAACAUCAGAGAACAAUUGAAGGACGAUUAAAGGGAAGUAAAUAUAACUGUGUAGAAUGUUGUUGUUAAAAAUUUAUAAUUCGUUUAAAUUUGUUAGGGGAGUGUGUGAUGAACUCUGAAC